UAGUAUAACAUCGUAAUUUUUAAAACAGUACCUUCAUUAUAAGAUACUUUUUGGCAAUCGCUAAUUUUUAAUUUAAAAAAAAACUUGCAACAAAAUAAAAUAAUUAAAGCAAUUAAUGAACAUAAGAUAUACUUUAAAUAAUAAUUAUGUAAGUGUUUUAAUAUGCUAUCAAAGAAUCGAUUAUAUUCAAUAAAUGCAAAUUUGAAGCAACAUUUCGUUGAAGUGAAAACUGCAUAUGAUGGAAUCGCUUACACCACAUAAAAUAAUCAUAAAAUCCUUUUCAUUCGAGUUGAUUCAAGAGGAAUGGAAAAAUUCAGAAAAGUCAAUUUUAGGUGAUGAGUCGACUAAUUUAUUUGAAGAAUUUUAUAUUUCUGUAUUUUCAAAUGGACUUAAUGACUUAAAAAUCAGAGUUAUAAAAACAUUCACAAGGUCAGCAAUAGCGACUAUUGAAUUACAAAUUGAAAAUUCCAAGCGGAUAAUAAAAGACAUUUUUGAUUGGAAAGAUGUAUGUGAUUUUGGCAUCAUAUCAUGCCCUGUAAAAUCUAUGAGGGUUAAUUCCAGCAGAACCUGCAAUCCAGUUUUAGAUUGUCGAUUUAACGUUAAUUUAAAUAUUUCUUGCAAAAUAAUCUGGUACGGAUUUGUCGAUGAAUUAAAUUCAUCAAAUUUAUAUGAGCACACAGGGAACUAUUUGUUAAAUACAGAAUUCAGUGAUAUUGUAAUUAAAGUACAAGAUAAAAAAUUUCCAGUUCAUAAAAUUAUUUUAGCAUCUCAAAGUCGAGUAUUUGAAGAAAUGAUAACAAACUUAAUGAAAGAUCAAGAAAAUACUAUUUGCCUUCCCGACAUUAAAGUCGAAGUAGUCGAUGAAUUAUUGACAUUUCUAUACCACGGUAAAUUGGUAAAAGCUAUUGAUGAUAAUGAUCUUCUAAUGGAACUUUUUGAAACCGCAGAAAUUUAUAAAAUAGAUGCAUUGAAGGAUAGAUGCGCUAUGAUAUUAAGUGUUAAUUUAAAUAUUGACAAUGUAUUGAGGUUGCUAGAAUUGUCAGAAACUUAUAAUUCAGUUGUUUUAAAACAGAGAGCUAUAACAUUUAUUAUCAAUAAUCGUGAUGAAAUAAUAAACUUAAGUGAGUUUAAAGAACUGUGUGAAUCUAAUCCUGCGUUAAUGUUUGGAAUUGUUGAAAGAUUUAAGACAAUUCUCCAUAGUAAUUAAUCAUUACUAAGCUUUGUUCUUUAACAACUGUAUUAUGAAAAAAAUAAUCUGUUUUCUUUUUUAUUCAAAUAAAAAAUUCUAAUAAUAUAAUUUUAAAAAUUUAGAAUAAG